UGUUGUGACUACACCGGAAGUACAGUAGCUAUGUCAAUGUGAAUGAAAAUCAUGCAGCAUUUGUUUGUUGCUAAUUUUGCUCCAAGUUUAUUACCAUUAUAAAGCGUUUAAACGUUUAAGAAACAUGGCUUGUUUCUUCAGGAGAAGGAUAGCAGAGAAGCUGGGUCGGACGCUGCAGCAGUCUGAGGAUGCCUUCAUACCAGCUCUGUCAGCAGUUCCAGCUUCAAAGAAACAGCAGUCUGCUGACUUCAAACUGUCCAUCAAUGCUUUACGGAGCAGUGGGAUUUUACCAUCCAGUGGUGACAUCCACCUGCAGACAGAAGACUUGGCCGCUCAGUUGACGCGGGACAGUAUGGUGGAGGACAUAUCUGCUGCAGGUGGAUUCAUCACCUUUAAAAUGAAUCGCACGCUGCUCGUCCAGAAAGUGCUGGAGCCUUUUGGAAAAAAUUAUGCGCAGACAUUUGGGUUAAAUAGUGAACUUUUAAAUAAUCUCAAGAGAGGAACGACAAUAGUUGAGUACAGCUCUCCAAAUAUUGCCAAAAAAUUUCAUGCGGGGCACUUAAGAUCGACAAUAAUUGGUAACUUCAUUGCAAACCUAAAACAGUCUCUUGGAAACAAUGUAAUUCGAAUGAACUACCUGGGAGACUGGGGGAUGCAGUUUGGUUUACUGGGAGCUGGGUUUAGUCAGUUUGGAUGUCAGGAGAAGCUGAAACAGAACCCUUUACAGCAUUUGUUUGAGGUUUAUGUCAAAGUUAACAAGGAAGCAGAGCAUAAUGAGGAUAUAAAUCAAGCGGCCAGAGACUUCUUUAAACAGCUGGAGCAGCAUGAGAGCGAGGCUGUGUCUUUAUGGCAGCAGUUCAGAGAGAUCACAGUGGACGAGUAUCAACAUGUUUACAAGCGGUUGGGGAUCCACUUUGAUAUUUACUCCGGGGAGUCGUUUCACCGGGAUCAGGCCCUGGACGUGGUGCAGCAGCUGCAGAGCCGAGGCCUGUUGAAAACCUCUGAGGAAGGAACAGGUGUGGUGGAUCUCUCUCCUGAUGGAGACUCCAGCAGCGUCUGCACGGUGCUCCGCAGUGACGGCACCACCCUCUAUAUCACCAGAGACCUCGCUGCAGCGGUCCACCGUAAAGAAAAAUACAACUUUGAUGAGAUGAUUUAUGUGACGGAUAAAGGUCAAGCAGAUCACUUCCAACAGCUGUUCCACAUCCUGCACAGAUUAGGACAUUCUUGGACUGACAGGUGUCGGCACGUGCCCUUCGGCCUGGUGCGGGGCAUGAAGACCCGCAUCGGUGAGGUGGUGUUUCUGGAGGACGUGCUGGACGAAGCACGGGCCAGGAUGCUCCAUAACAUGAGCCAGUCAAGAACAACAAAGGAAAUGGACGACCCAGAGGACACAGCAGAGAAAGUGGGAAUCGGUGCACUUAUAAUCCAGGACUUCAAAGGUCCCCUGCUGUCGGACUAUAAGUUUGACUGGGACAUGAUGCUGCAGGCUAAGGGGGACACGGGAGUCUUCCUCCAGUACACACAUGCUCGAAUGCGCAGUUUAAUCAGGAAUAACGAAGGUGUCGAUGCCGAGACAUUUGAUCCAUCUCUUCUUCUCGAGCAGACGAGUAUCUCCGUCCUGCAGCAUCUCCUUCGCUAUGACGAAGUGUUGUACCAGUCGGCCCAGGACCUGCAGCCAAAACACCUCGUCACCUUUUUAUUGAAGCUGAGUCACCUGAUCGCCUCAGCACACAAAGCGCUGCCGGUAAAAGGAAGUGCUCCGGAUGUGGCUCAGGCUCGGUUACGACUGUUCAGCGGAGCGUGCUCAGUCCUGGCCAGCGGGAUGAAGAUCCUGGGCAUCACACCGGUUGACAAAAUGUGAAUGUUAUUUUACCUAAUGUAGGUACUAUUGUGCUAAAGUUAUAUUGUACUGUAAAUAAAAAGCCUU